AUGCUCUCCUUCACCACCCCAGCCCCAACACUUGAUGUUCUCAAUCUUGAUUUUCUCAAACAAUUCAAAUAUUUUAAUAUUGUUCGCUCUUGCAACGGUUUUCUCCUCUGCAUGUCUGAACCUGGCGCCCACUAUUUCGUAUGUAACCCAAUCACCCGAGACUUCACCACUUUGAAUAACCAUCCUUUUGGUAACAGAGGAGCUGAGCUUUAUCUCGCUUUUGACCCCUCCAUAUCGCCACACUAUAAAGUUAUUUCAGUUUUGCAACAGUUAGUGUAUGACAAAUCGGUAUUUGUUGACGAUUGGGUCUUCAAUGAAUAUUGCUUCAAAACUCGUUCGUGGAGUCCUGGUGUUUCUUUUCGUACCAAACAAUUACCCGGAUGUCAUAAUGCUAAAGGGGUUUAUUGCAACCGUGCCAUAUAUUGGUGCACGAAUGCUGAGUUCUCCAUGUAUUUUGAUAUUGAUGCUAUGUUGCUCACAAAAUAUUGGCGAAUGCCGCUGUCUAAUUCAGAGUGGGUGAAUCGAUCUAUCAAGUACUUUGGAGAGUCUGGAGUGCGUUUGCAUUUGGCGGUUAAGGUUGCUAAGCAAACUUUCAAAUAUGAUAUUUUUGAGCUGGAGGAAAAUUAUUCUAGGUGGUCAUUGAGGCAUCGGGUUGAUCUUAGUCCGGUGCGGCACAUGAUCAUGAUAAAUGGGGGCUCCUUUUAUGAUUGGGGCUUUAACAUUGUUCGCCCUGUAAAAGAAGAGAAAUCAAUGUUGGUUUUGGUUGCAAUAAAACAAACACUCAUUGUGUAUGAUCCUUUAACUUCAACAAAGUUAUGUGAGAUUAAAAUGGGACCGACAGCUCAAAGUAUAAAAUCUAGUAUUUCCCUUGGAAAGGUCUUUCACUAUUUAGAAAACAAUGCACUUGUUGAAGCUUGUACUGAUAAACCAGACUCUACUCGUCAACUAUGUUGUGCAAUUCUCUAA